GGCUCCUGCCUGCAGCUCUGUGCCAGGGACCAUCUGGAUGCCAUCCUGAGAGCUCUGGGCAACUUUGAGGAGGAAAUGGCAGAGGGGGAGGAUUCCUGGCAUCUCAGCCUGUGCAAGGGCCUGACCCCAUGGGAAAGGGACGGAGUGAAGAGCGCCCUCCUGCUGUUCUACCGCAGUGCAGGAGCCCAGGCGCCCCCCCAGCAGCUGCUCCCUCGACUGGUGGACGAGAUUGUACCCAAAAUCCUGCACCAUUACAGCACCAGCUCCCAGGCGCUGGGACUAAACACCAGGCAGAUGGUAACGAGCAGCGAGUAUGAUUCCAGUGUGUUCCCCAGGGCCCAUGAAGCUCGGGCCAGGGCAUCCCGCAUGAAUUGCGGGAAGGCUGGGGCUGGGCCAGGCUGUGGGCUGCAGGCAGCCAGGCUCAGUCUCAGCCCUGGGGAUGCUGGUGCAUGGGACUAGUUUAUGCUGCUGUUCCAUGAAUCUGGUUCUCUUCUGUGGAGUGGGGGUAUUCAUAAGCUUCUGGGCCUCACCCCAUCUGGGUGCCAUAUGACUUUGGGCCCUUCCCAAAGGGGAGUGGCGGGGUGGCCAGAGUCCUCUCCUGGGUGGGGAGGGCAUCCCUGGACUGGGAGCCUGUACUCACCCCAAACCCCUGGGUCGGGAGGCUGCGUCCAAGUCUCAUUCCCACUCUCCUCUCUGCGAGGAUGUAGGACACAGCCCUUACUCUGCGUUUCAUUGAGAGCGUCUCCGCAGUCAGCCUGGCCAUCCAGAGAAGCGGGGAAUCCCAACCCCACCAGCUUCCCCACAAACAGGUGCUGCUCAGCCAGCUGCUGGAGAUCAUUAAGACUGAACCACGGAGCUCCCUGCUCUCCACAGUUCGUCAGGAGGCAAUGGUGGCCAUCAGGCACCUGAGUAAAGUGAAGCAGCCACUGAGCUGCGGAAAGAAUCAGGAGUUGAUGGAGCAGUGUCUUGAUAGUGUCUUCUCCCUGCCUCCCCAGGAGUUCACUGCAGAUGUGGGGCCCAUCCAGACUCUUUAUGCCAGCACCAUGGCCACCCUAGAAGGACUAAUGGAGAUGUUGCUGGAUGAGGAUGAGAUGCCAGAGCGACUCCAGGGAACCUUCCGGCUCCUGCAGAGAUGGCGGGUGUCGGAGCAGGUGUGGGAGCAUGCACGUGCCAUGCGGGUCAGCACCCACCUGCUGAGGGAUAUCUCCAGAUGGUUACCAUUACCACACAGAUUCCUCUUAGCCAGUUCAGCACCCUGGCUGGGACGCUGGGCCCCCUAGACCUAUGACUCACUGGGCAGCAUCCUCCAGGGUGCAGGGGAUGCUAUCAGGUGCCUGCUAGACAUACAAG